CUUGCUUGGGGCUUUUGCUCUGUUCCAUCCUCUCCAAUCAUUAACUCACUUCGCUUUAGACUUCACACCACCACGAACAUCAGUAGUCACACACAGUCUCAGUCUCGCAGUCAUCACAGCAAGUUGAAGCCCUUGUCCGACCUCUUCAACAUGUUGACACCGACUACCACGACAAUGGCAUUUCGACUGGCCGGUCAAGGCGCCCAGCGUGCCGCACUCCUGACGUCGUUUACGAAGACCACCCAACCCAGCUGCUCUCUCGCGCCCACCUUGACCCCCUUCAAGACCCAAUCUCACCAGAUGAGCAUACUCGCGAGCUCCAGCCCGCUAUCUUCUUGCCUGCGUCUCUCUUCCUCCCCGAUCUCAAAGUCGACCGCGGCCCCAACGUCCACCACCCUCGCGCUCCUCCGUUUCCACCGUUCCGCCUCCACCUCCACCACCACCGCCGCCGCCGGCUCCUCCUCCUCUUCGGCCUCAUCCUCGGGGGCCGCCCCAGAUGGCAGCCAGCGCCUCGACUGGAACACGUUUUUCAAGCUUCGCAAGGCCCGGCGUCGCUGGCAGGUCGCUUUCAGCGCCUUGGCCAUGGUUGCCAGCGGGUGCGGCGGGGCUGUCUUCCUCGGCACCGGCGCCGCGGAUCCUGUGCUCUCCCAGGUCCCUCUCGACCCUUUCAUCACGCUGGGUAUGAUGGUCCUCGGGUUUUCUGCGCUCGGCUGGCUUGCGGGUCCGAGCUUGGGGAGUGCCGUCUUCAAUACGUUGAAUCGGCAGUGGAAGAAGCAGAUUACCAUGAAAGAGGUCGAGUUCUUCGCCCGGAUCAAGAAGAACCGUGUCGAUCCAUCUGCCUCUGGGGCCAGCAACCCAGUACCCGACUUCUACGGCGAGAAAAUAUCCAGCGUGGCGGGUUAUCGCCAGUGGCUCAAGGAUCAGCGGGCCUUCAACAAGAAGCGCACUAAGUUCGUAUAAACCCGACAAUAUCAUCUCACAAAGGACGAGGUCUGGACAAAAAGGGGGACCAAUUCGGGAACAAUUCGGGAGCAUCAGAAGGUUCAUCUCAGUUCACAACAUACGCCAUAACAGGGUUUGUUGUUUCACUAGGCGUCGGUAACGCUUAGUAACUGUAAGAAUAGGAAAGGGGGGAAGCAAGAACCUCGGCGGCAGUGAACCAUAUGUAUCACGAGCUUUUCUAAUUUUCCAAACUUGGGGAUUCAAUCACCUGUAGUGGUUUUUUUUUCUCUCUUGUCACCUACGACUUAUCAUGUGAAGGGCAGUGUUGAAUCCACCUCGGCCUUCCAUGCCCUCAUCC